GAUUUUGUGACCUCAAGCUACCAGCUAACAAGUACCCUCCAGGUUAUCCAUUUGACGCAGAUGAAGAAAACUUUCCCUUGAAUGGUCUUCGUUUCCUCGGACUUAUUUCCAUGAUUGACCCUCCACGUGCUGCUGUUCCUGAUGCCGUGGCCAAGUGUCGUAGUGCUGGCAUUAAGGUCAUCAUGGUCACUGGAGACCACCCCAUUACAGCUAAAGCUAUUGCGAAGGCUGUUGGUAUCAUAUCAGAAGGCAAUGAAACUGUAGACGACAUCGCUGCACGUUUAAACAUACCAAUCGAAGAAGUAAACCCCAGAGAUGCCAAAGCUGCUGUUGUCCAUGGAUCAGAACUGAGAGACAUACACGACGAACAGUUGGACGACAUCUUAAAACACCACACAGAAAUUGUGUUCGCUCGUACAUCUCCCCAACAAAAAUUAAUCAUAGUAGAAGGGUGUCAACGCCUUGGUGCUAUCGUAGCUGUGACAGGAGACGGUGUAAAUGACUCACCUGCCUUGAAGAAAGCAGACAUUGGGGUUGCCAUGGGGAUUGCCGGAAGUGAUGUCAGCAAACAAGCAGCAGAUAUGAUACUAUUGGAUGACAAUUUUGCUUCUAUUGUUACAGGAAUUGAAGAAGGUUUGUGUUUUCAACACGCGGAAUGUUCCGGCGAUGCGUCUGAGUCAGCCAUUUUGAAAUGCAUGGAGCUGGCUACCGGUAAUGUUCAACAGUACAGAGCUCGUCACCCAAAAGUCUGUGAAAUCCCCUUUAAUUCCACUAACAAGUAUCACGUAACUAUAAACGAACUGGAAGAACCCUCUGACUGUAAUUACAUCCUCUGUAUGAAGGGUGCUCCCGAAAGAAUUCUUGGCCGUUGUUCCACUAUCUAUAUCAAUGGAAAAGAGAAGAAUUUGGAUGAAGAAAUGAAAGAAGCUUUCAAUAACGCGUACUUGGAGUUAGGAGGCUUAGGAGAACGUGUAAUCGAUGGGUCCUUGUGGUUGAUGAGUAAAACUUACCUUAUGAGGUUAUUUCAGCCUCAACAACGUAAGCAUAACAAUCAGUUAAACAGUAAGCAGCUAACGAAACACAGGCUAAUCUCCAUGGCUUAUGGACAGAUUGGAAUGAUCCAAGCAGCAGCUGGCUUCUUUGUAUACUUCGUUAUUAUGGCUGAGAACGGCUUCUGGCCAUCAAAAUUGAUUGGAAUUCGUAAGAGGUGGGACUCAAAGGCUGUAAAUGAUCUGGCUGAUUCGUACAAUCAAGAAUGGACUUACCACGACCGGAAGAUUCUGGAAUACACGUGCCACACGGCCUUCUUUGCUUCCAUCGUUAUCGUCCAGUGGGCCGACCUCAUCGUCUGUAAAACAAGACGGAACUCUAUCCUUCACCAAGGAAUGAAGUAA